AUGAACACCAUCCAGAUUGUCCAACUUAGCGCAGGCCAGAAGCUCGACGCAGUCGUCUCAGCCUUGCGGAAGGUAAACACGCUGCGGCGUCUGGUCCUAGGAUCAACGAUCCAGGAUCCAAACCUCCUGCAGAUUACGGCAGGACUCGGUGGGUCUCAGGAGGAGACCAUCAUCUCUGCGUUGCCAGAGAUCUGUCAUAAUCCUCGACAAAUCAUCCGUGCCACCUACAACAUGCCGAUCAUACACGGAGAUGGCCCGGUGACGGCACCUCUUGUCGAACACGUGCAAGGCUACUUCCCAGCUUCCAAAGUCACUCCAGAAUUCCAGCAGCAGAUCGAAUCGGAUAUGCAGACGUUCCACCAGAACUACGUGCAACACCAGGCCGGAUUUCGCGCGAUGGCGUGGGGCUGGACGCUAGACGAGGUUGAUCACGAGGACAUCAAGGGCGAAAAAGCAAAGUGCUUGCUGGUCCUCGUUGGCUGGGACACUAUGGCCGACUUUCAGCGGUCGUUCGACUCGGAUGCCUGCAAAGAUGCCUUGAAGAUACUGCUAGCGUGGAACACGCCUUUCAAUAUGUGGCAUGUGGAGCAAAAGUUCCGCCAGCUCGACUGA